AUGACUUCGAAAUUAUACGUUUUACUAGGGAUUUUGGUGGUUUUCACGCCACCGACUAGUCCUUCUACACCAGUGACAAGUCCGAAUCCUCCAACUGCUGGUACACCAUCUGCUGGAUUCAUUCCCGCUGACAAAUAUCCUAACGCCAGAAGAGACGAAUCAGUAGAGGACACAUAUCCAGGUGGCGUCAAGAUCAAGGAUCCGUACCAAUGGUUAGAAAAUCCCGAUAGCUCCGAAACAAAGAAAUUCAUCGAGGAAGAAAUGGCCAUUACCAAACCCUACUUGGAGAAAAGUCCAUUCCGUGCAGAAUUACACGCUCGUUACACAGAAUUGAGUAACUAUUCAAAGUUGAAAGGUCCGUUUCAGGAAGGCAAAUAUUUCUACUCAUUCCGGAAUACUGGUUUACAGAAUCAAGACGUGCUUUUCAAAUCAGAUUCAUUUAAAGAUGAAGGUAAAGUGUUUCUUGACGUGAAUAAACUCAGCAAAGAUGGCACCGUUGCGAUAGGUACCUAUGAAUUCAGCAAUGACGGAAAUCUUUUCGCAUAUUUAUUGGGUUCCGGUGGAUCUGACUGGAAAACGGUGCACUUCAUGGAUGUGGAAAAAGGUUGCAGCAUGAAUACCUUUGUCGGCAACAACGAAAACCAAUUCAUUUUCCAAACUAAUAAAGACGCCGAUAACUUCAAACUAAUUGUGAUCGAUAUUACAAAUCCCGAUCCUGGAGCGUGGAAAGACCUCAUACCUGAAGAUAAAAAGUAUAGCAUGGAUUGGGCCGGCGCAGCAUACGAUAAUUAUUUGGUGUUAGGCUAUAUCGAAGACGUUAAAAGUGUUGUUCAACUACACGACAUGAAAACUGGUAAAAUGAUCAAAAAAUUCCCGUUGGAAGUUGGUACAGUUGCAUAUGAAUCGAUUUUUGGUGGUAGAAGAACUCCUCACGUGUUUUUCAACUUCGUAUCAUUCCUGACACCCGGAAUCACUUAUCAUUUUGAUUUAUCAAAACCACCAUUCGACCUUGAGGUUAUAAAUGAAAUCAAAUUGAAGAAUUUUGAUCGCGAAAAAUUCACUGUGGAGCAACUAUUCUACCCGAGUAAAGAUGGAACCAAAGUACCCAUGUAUUGCGUUCAUAAAAAGCAUCAACACGAGCUUACUAGUUUUCUGAUGCAGGACUUGGAAAAAAAUGGAAACAAUUUCGCAUUCAUGUAUGCUUACGGUAUCUAUGGUGUCAGCAAUUUGCCAUAUUUUGCAGUCAAUCGUUUGGUAGUGAUAAGCAAUUUUGAUGGCGUACAUUGCAUGGCAAAUAUCAGAGGAGGAGGGUAA